AUGUGUACAUCGAAUAAAGAAGAUAUUAAAUACAUUCAUAAAAUUGAGCAAAUUGACUUGAAUAAAACAUCAACAAAUGAUGAUCAACAACAAUGGUCAUCAACAUUCGAACGACUUUUUCAUUCAUAUCAACGUUAUAAUGAACUUCGACGAAAGGACGAUGCUAUCAAAGAACGUUUUAACGAUUUACAAACAAAAUUACAAGAACUUGACGUUCUUCAUCAAUCGCCCAACGAAUUUUUUCGUACAACAACUCCAUCAUCACGUGAUAGUGGUGUACCAAUUCGAUCAUCUUCAUCUUGUUGUUCACUAACAUCGGAAAGUGCAAGUACACCAAAAAGUUCGUUUGAAUAUCCAUUUGAUCAACCAACAUCUCAAUCACCACAAACAAGUGUUCUUCAAUUUUUUCUUCAUCCACCAAUAAUUAAUAAUAAUAAUCAUCGUCACGUAAGUGUUCAUUUAGACGACGAAGCUGCAAAUAUGUCUUAUAUUCAUGAUACAAUACCACGUUAUCAAUCUCAUGGACGUAAUGUUCAUUGGAAUGAUCAACAAUCAAAUCUUUGUCCACAUCGUUCAUCUAAUCAACAUUUAUUUCAACAAGAAAAUGAAUGUAAUUAUUAUUCUUCAGAUUCAAAUAUUAUUAAAAAACAGGGUCAACGUAUAUCACUUAAUGCUAGUUUACCAUAUCAAUCGAAACUUAAUAUUCGAAUUCAUGCUAAUCGAACAUCACAUGAUAAUAUAAAUAACAAUGAAUUUGACCAGGUUAAAGCAGUGGCUCUUAUUGAACCGUUAGAUGAUUCACAACAUGAACAAAAACAUGUUGAUACAUUACAAAAAGCUUAUCUUGAACAUUAUUCAACAGCAUCACCAAAUGAAUAUUUUCGAACAAUGCCAAAAAUAAAUUCGUCUAUACAAUAUCGAGAAUCACAAGGUGCUAGAUUACCACGUCAUCGACAAGUUUCAUUACCUGUUUCAUUACCAAUUGAUCAACGACUUUAUUUAUAUAUUCAAAAUGGAGAAGUUCUUGCUAGAUGUUAG